CAUCACCCGUCAUCGUUUUGCUGAACUGAGGUCGGCGACGGAGUCUAGAAACAGGAAUUGAGUAUCCGAGUGAGAGUUUCGGUUUGACACUGCGUGACGAUAAAAAAAAAGCUUUGAUUAAAUAAGCCCACAUGAGACUCGUUCAUCACCCGUCAUCGUUUUGCUGAACUGAGGUCGACGACGGAGUCUAGAAACAGGAAUUGAGUAUCCGAGUGAGAGUUUCGGUUUGACACUGCGUGACGAUAAAAAAAAAAGCUUUGAUUAAAUAAGCCCACAUGAGACUCGUUCAUCACCCGUCAUCGUUUUGCUGAACUGAGGUCGACGACGGAGUCUAGAAACAGGAAUUGAGUAUCCGAGUGAGAGUUUCGGUUUGACACUGCGUGACGAUAAAAAAAAGCUUUGAUUAAAUAAGCUCAUACACACAGCUGCCAUGCCAGUUAACCAAUAAGACGCCUAGGUUUUUGGCCUCCAACUUCCUGUUUCCUGUUUUGUAUUUCUGUUGCCCAACAAAAUGGCAGACAAUGUCAAAUACAGCCCCGCCCCCACCCAGGACUCCACGGCAACGGUUACCAAUGGCCAGCCAAUCACAGACAACGCAGCAGCCCAGGACUCAAUGACGCUCAAAAAGGAGAUCUCCCUGUUGAAUGGAGUCUGCCUAAUAGUGGGCAACAUGAUCGGCUCAGGCAUUUUCGUGUCUCCGAAAGGUGUCCUGAUGCACAGCGGCUCCUACGGGCUGUCCCUCGUAAUAUGGGCAAUUGGGGGGCUUUUCUCGGUCUUCGGUGCCCUGUGCUACGCAGAACUUGGAACCACCAUUACCAAAUCGGGGGCCAGCUACGCCUACAUCUUAGAAGCUUUUGGGGGUUUCGUUGCUUUUAUACGUCUUUGGACGUCCCUGCUGAUAAUUGAGCCCACGAGUCAAGCUGUCAUCGCCAUAACCUUUUCAAACUACAUGGUGCAGCCGAUUUUUCCCACUUGCGAGUCUCCCUACAUCGCAGACAGACUGCUCGCGGCUGCCUGCAUCUGUUUGUUAACGUUUGUAAACUGUGCCUAUGUGAAAUGGGGGACCAGGGUUCAAGACUUAUUUACCUACGCCAAAGUCAUCGCUCUGAUUGCAGUUAUCAUAACUGGGAUUGUAAAGCUGAGUCAAGGUUACACGCAGAACUUUCAGAAUGUUUUUGAAGGCUCCUCAUUGGACGCUGGGAACAUGGCGCUGGCUCUGUACUCCGCCCUCUUUUCUUACUCUGGGUGGGAUACCCUCAAUUUUGUAACAGAAGAAAUCAAAGACCCUCAGAGGAACCUGCCUCUAGCUAUUGGUAUCUCCAUGCCUAUAGUGACUGUGAUCUACAUUCUGACUAAUGUGGCAUACUACACUGUGCUGCAGAUCCCGGAGAUCCUGGACAGCAACGCCGUGGCUGUGACGUUUGCUGAUCAGGUAUUCGGCAUUUUUAACUGGACUAUUCCCCUUGCCGUCGCCCUCUCCUGUUUCGGAGGACUAAAUGCAUCGAUCCUGGCUGCUUCCAGGUUGUUCUUCGUGGGGUCGAGAGAAGGUCACCUGCCCGAUUCCCUCUGCAUGAUUCACGUGGAGAGAUACACACCCAUCCCAGCCCUGCUGUUUAAUGGUGCGAUGUCUUUGGUCUACCUCUGUGUUGAAGACAUAUUCCAGCUCAUUAAUUAUUACAGCUUCAGCUACUGGUUCUUCGUUGGUCUGUCAAUCGCCGGGCAGCUGUACCUGCGCUGGAAGGAACCAGACAGACCCCGCCCACUCAAGCUCAGUCUGGUGUUUCCGGUGAUCUUCUGCCUGUGCACAAUCUUCCUGGUGGCAGUGCCUCUGUACAGCGACACCAUCAACUCCCUGAUUGGCAUUGGGAUUGCGCUGUCGGGGGUGCCCGUCUACCUGCUGUGCUGCUACAUCCCAGAGCACAGGAGACCCCUGUGCCUCCGCAAGACUAUCGCCUCCUUGGCCAAGUUUAUCCAAAUGAUUUGCUUCUCCGUUUUAACGGAGAUGGACAUAGACGAUGACAAAACCGAAUGAACUGGCCAAUAGGAAAACAUCUGCCAUCUUCACCAAUGCAGGAAGAGCUGCUCUGCCAAGCAACGAAACUCCAGGCACACCAAUCAGAGAGAGAGAGAGAAAGUGGGAGGCGACGACAGGGCCAUUCUUUUGCAAUGGCAACACUCCAGACAAAAAAGAAAUUAAAUAAAAAUGUUUUAAUAUAUUCUGCUAUGGGGAGGGUUAUUCUAUAUUUUGUAAAAAAUAUUGCUGCUGUCUGUGUAGUACAGCACAGAAGAGUACAACCGGACAUGCAAUGUAUUCAACCGUGGAUUUAAAUUAAAAGGGAUUUAAAACAAAAAAA